AUGCGGCAACGGUCAGUGCCGCUCAUUCGAGCGACAAGUUUCAAUUCCCGUGCCUUUCAGCCAACCCCAUGCGGUGCACGUAGCUUUUCCCGCUCAGUGCAAACAAUUACACUCCGCAACGAGCUCCGUCGUCCGCUGCUAUUCUCCCAGCAUUCGGAGCGCCUGUUACAACAGAAACGGUGCAUCACACAAAAUUACAUUAAGCGCAUGGAAGAUGGGAAAAAGGAGUGGGCGAGACAUGCCGAGCAAAUCAAGGCAGGGAAACGGAAGAGCUUUGUCACUCAUUUGGAGGAGCGAGGGCUCAUUCAUGACGUUGUUGGAGAGCGCGAUUUGCUACACCAAGUAUUUACGGAGAAGAGAGCUGGAAUCUACGUUGGAAUUGACCCAACCGCACCCUCAAUGCACGUUGGACACAUGUUGCCAUUCAUGGUAUUGGCCUGGGGAUACGUCUGGGGUCUCCCAGUUACAUUCUUGUUGGGCGGCGCUACAUCGCGAGUCGGUGACCCUACAGGCCGAUUGAAGGGCCGAGAGCAGGUUCAUUCCUCGAUACGAAAGGCGAACAUGGCGAGUAUGCAUAUGCAGCUGAAGAAAUUGGGUUCAAGCAUCGAGCAGUAUGGUUCGAGGCAUGGCUAUGAGCGGAAGAUGAUCUGGAAAAGGGCUUUGGUUAACAAUAACACCUGGUGGAAUUCCACACCCUUCAUUGAGGUUCUGCGUGAUCUUGGAGCAUACAUGCGCCUUGGCCCGAUGCUUGGUCGAGAUACCGUCAAAACCCGCCUAAACCAGGGAGAUGGAAUGUCAUUUGCUGAGUUUUCUUACCCACUCUUGCAAGGCUGGGAUUGGUGGCAUCUCUUUCAAAAGGGUACACAGGUGCAGGUGGGUGGCUCCGACCAAUAUGGCAACAUUCUGUUUGGAAUGGAUGCCGUCAAGUCUAUCAGUCGCAACACUGCCAACGAACAGGCGCGGAACCCGCUUGAGUCGGAGCUGGAUCGACCCAUUGGUUUUACCACGCCGCUAUUGACCGCAGCAUCCGGAGAGAAAUUCGGCAAAUCUGCGGGCAAUGCCAUUUGGCUCGACAAGGACAUGACAUCGACCUUCGAGCUGUACCAGUUCUUCGUUCGUACUCCGGAUGAUACCAUCGAGCGUUAUCUUAAGUUGUUCACUUUUAUUCCCAUUCCUGAGAUUGCCUCAAUUAUGGAAGAGCAAACCGCGGACCCCUCCAAAAGAGUCGCUCAGCAUCGUUUGGCCUACGAGUUCGUGGAGUUAGUUCACGGCAAGGUAGAAGCCGAUGCUGUGUCGCUCCAACAUCGCCAGUUAUUCCGAUCUCGAUCCUCCACCAGUGCUCCUUCGCCUAUGCCGCGGAGCUCAACUCCUCCUGCUAGCCACGCUCAGUCUCCCACUGCCGGGUUCACCACCCCACAGUCUGGCAACCCCUAUGCCCCUCAGACCAACUUUGCCAACAUGCCCAAUGCCAAUGUGAAGCUCCCGAAGUCUCUGGUUUACAACCAGCCGUUUAACAAGAUUCUUUGGUCGGCUGGCCUUGUGUCUUCUAAGGGUGAAGGCCACCGAGUGAUCACCAACAACGGCGCCUAUGUGGGUAGUCGCCCUGGAGAUAGCGGUCCCAUGUCAGACGACCUCUCUUUCACUCCAAUCCGAGUCUGGCCCGCGGAAAAGACAGAAAGCUUCAUUCUCGACCAAAAGCUUCUCAUGCUUAAGCUGGGCAAGUGGAAGUUUAAGAUGGUUGAAAUUGUUGGCGAUGAGGAAUUCCGUGAGCAGGGCCUGACUGCUCCAGGAUGGGAGGAACCAACCGAGGAGUCUACGCAAUAA